ACGAGUCAGUGUCCCCGAGUCCAAUCCGGCCGCCUUCCCGUGCGGCGCUUCCGACGGCUGCGGUCCGUCCCCGGCGCGCAAGAUGCUGAUCGGCGGCUUCGAGCUGCUCUCUGCGCUGGCCACCGCCGCCGCCUGCCUGGCCUCGCUGACGCUGCUGCUGGCCGUCUCGCAGCAACUGUGGCAGCUGCGCUGGGCCGCCACGCGCGACAAGAGCUGCAAACUGCCCAUCCCCAAGGGCACCAUGGGCUUCCCGCUGGUGGGCGAGACCUUCCACUGGCUGCUGCAGGGCCCCGGGUUCCAGUCCUCGCGGCGGGAGAGGUACGGCAACGUCUUCAAGACCCACCUGCUGGGGCGGCCGCUGAUCCGCGUGACGGGCGCCGAGAACGUGCGCAAGAUCCUGAUGGGCGAGCACAGCCUGGUCAGCACCGAGUGGCCGCGCAGCACCCGCCUGCUCCUCGGCCCCAACACCGUGGCCAACUCCAUCGGCGACGUCCACCGGCACAAGCGGAAGGUGUUCUCCAAAAUAUUCAGCCACGAAGCUCUGGAAAGUUACCUCCCCAAGAUCCGGCUGGUGAUUCAAGAGACCCUGAGAGCCUGGGGCAGGAACCCCGACCCCAUCAACGUCUACCACGAAGCCCAGAAGCUCACUUUCCAUAUGGCCAUCCGGGUCCUUCUGGGGUUCCGAAUCCCAGAUGGGGAGCUCAGCCAGAUGUUUGAAGUUUACCAGCAAUUCGUGGAGAACGUCUUCUCUUUACCUGUGGAUCUGCCCUUCAGUGGCUACCGCAAGGGGAUCCGUGCGAGGGAGAUUUUGCAGAAGGGCUUAGAAAAAGCCAUCCGGGAAAAGCUGCAGAACUCACAAGGCAAAGACUACCUGGAUGCCCUCGACCUCCUGAUCGAAAGCGGCAAGGAACACGGCAAGGAGCUGACCAUGCAAGAGCUGAAGGAUGGCACCCUGGAGCUGAUCUUCGCUGCCUAUGCCACCACCGCCAGUGCCAGCACCUCUCUGAUUAUGCAGCUGCUGAAGCAUCCGGCGGUCCUGGAGAAACUCCGCGAAGAGCUGAGGACCAAGGGCCUGUUGCACAACGGCUGCCUCUGCGAGGGGGCCCUUCAGCUGGAGACCGUCCACAGCCUCCAGUACCUGGACUGUGUCAUCAAGGAGGUGCUCCGGCUUUUCACCCCCAUUUCGGGCGGGUACCGGACGGUGCUGCAGACCUUUGAGCUGGAUGGCUUCCAGAUCCCCAAAGGAUGGAGCAUCAUGUACAGCAUCCGAGACACUCAUGACACGGCUCCCGUCUUCAAAGAUGUGGAUGUCUUUGACCCCGAUCGCUUUGGCCGGGAGCGCAGCGAAGACAAAGAUGGCCGCUUCCACUACCUGCCCUUCGGCGGAGGGGUACGGACCUGUCUCGGCAAACAUCUGGCCAAGCUGUUCCUCAAAGUGUUGGCCAUCGAGCUGGCCAGCACGAGCCGAUUUGAACUGGCCACCAGGACUUUCCCUCCGGUGACCCUGGUGCCCGUGGUCCACCCGGUCGAUGGACUCAAGGUCAAAUUUUUUGGACUCGAUUCAAAUCAGAACGAAAUCUUGACAGAGAGAGAGGCCAUGUUGGGGGCCACCGUGUAGGCCGAAGGCUUCUCUGGGCUGACGAGGGUGAAGCGACUGGAACGGAGAAGGGGAAGGAAGAAGCUCGACCCACCACUAAUGACGGAGAAGGGCUGACCUUGGUGGACACAUUCGGCAAAGCCUUCUCCAGUGAAUAUGCCAAAAACUGUGGGGGUGUUUUACUCUGGGGGUGAACAGUGGAUUUCUCCUCCGUGGCUUCUGUUCGGUUUUGUGUUUGAACACCGGCGAAAAGCGAAUUGUGUUGACCAUAAUCAGCGUAUGUAUGUGUGUAUAUACACUUCCUUUCAAGUGUUAAUCAGGCAGUGUCAUCCCACAGUAGUUGGGAACUCUUCUUGUCUUUGCUAUUCAAAGUGGCCGAGGGAAUCCCCAAGUGGGGCCGGGUACAAAAUCAUCGAGCCCGUGGGGCACGGGGGUGGGAAGGAGCCCUCCCUGCAGGCAUGCUUGGGCUCAGGCAUAAGGACAACAUCCAGGAGGGGAGGGGAUCAGGAAGAUGGCUGGGGAAGCCCCACAGUUUUGGCCAGGCAGAAGACCUGGAGUUCUGCACAGCUGCCAUCACUUCUCUUCCUUCGGAAGCUGCCAAAAGGCGAGUUUUUCUCUAGCCUGGUGUGGAAAAUAAAGGCUGUGGAUUCUGAGCUUCUCUGCUGGAGAAAGCUCUCGGGUCGUCUUCUCUGUGGCCCUCAGUUCCAGGGCCAGCCCCAUCUUCUGAAGAAGACCACGCCUGGGCCAUGAUCCCAGAAGGUCCUUUGAGGCUGUCAGUUGCUGCUUUCUUGCUUUCCUUGUGUCCCUGCAAGCCCCCCUCCACAGAGAGACUGGGAAGCCUUCAGUCCCAAGACCGGAAGUUGUUCUUUUGCCAGAAGUGGCUGCAGAAGAUUUCUGACAAGGGAAUUUUAUAUCUCUGUCCCCGAGUUGUCCUUGGUGGUCUCUGAGCUGGGCUGUUUUCUUGCAGACAUUUCAUUACCUAACUAGGUAACAUCAUCACUGCUAGUGUGGAGUGGGGUUUGGUUAUAAAUGCUCUCUACUAGCAUUUUACCUAGUUUGGUAAAAUGAAACAUCUGCAAGAAAACAACCAAGGACUCCUCAUUUCAACCCCGAGCUACAAAUAUUCUCCUUUAUUGGUCUAUCCAUAUACAUGCGUGCAUUUCAUUUAGUCCGGGAUAACUCCUGUUUGAUUGACCGCUCCUAGCUAAUAUAACUUGACUAAAAAAAAAAAGAAAAAAGAAAAAUUAAAAAGUUACUGCAGUGGAUUUGCAGAAUGAAGCACUUUCGAGACUCGGAAUCUGUGUUUGUCUUGUGUUCCUUUUGAUUGCUUAGCACAGUUCCCGUUGGCGCUAUUAUUUUAUACAAGAAAAGUGGUGGGCUCGUUUUGUCUGAGUUUAUAAACUAUAAGUAUUAUUUUUGUUAUUAAGUCAGAAUGGAUAUUUAGUAUAAUAAUGUUGCUGUCUCAAAUGUGUGUUAUUUAGUAAAAUAUGAAUGAUUCCA